UUGCAAUGGAGGAAGUGCUUUUCACAUUCCAAAUGGGUAAUUUUUGGCACCAAACAACAACCCCUCUAAUUGCCCCAAUUUUGAAGCUCUUUGUAGGUGCUUGUUUGGUAAUGUCUUUAAUGCUCUUCUUUGAAAGAGUUUAUAUGGGCAUUGUCAUUCUCUUUGUCAAACUUUUUAGAAAAAGCCCUCACAAAACUUACAAGUGGGAGCCCAUUAAGGAUGAUCUUGAGCUUGCCCAUUUUGCUUAUCCCAUGGUUUUGGUUCAAAUUCCAAUGUACAAUGAAAAAGAGGUUUAUCAAUUGUCAAUUGGAGCAGCAUGUGGACUUUCAUGGCCAACUGAUAGGAUCAUAAUUCAAGUUCUUGAUGAUUCUACUGAUCCUUCUAUCAAGGAUCUGGUGGAAUUAGAGUGCAAAAGAUGGGCAAACAAAGGGAUAAACAUAAAAUACGAGAUCAGAGACAACAGGAAUGGGUACAAAGCAGGGGCUUUAAAAGAAGGAAUGAAGCAUAAUUACGUUAAACUCUGCGAUUACGUCGCUAUUUUCGAUGCCGAUUUUCAACCAGAGCCUGAUUUUCUUUGGCGUACCAUUCCAUUUCUCACAAACAACCCUGAAAUUGCUCUUGUUCAAGCUCGUUGGAAGUUCGUGAACUCAGAUGAAUGUUUAAUGACAAGAAUGCAAGAGAUGUCAUUGGAUUAUCAUUUCAAAGUGGAGCAAGAAGUUGGAUCUGCAACUUAUGCCUUCUUUGGGUUCAAUGGCACAGCAGGUGUUUGGAGAAUUGCUGCACUGAACGAGGCUGGAGGAUGGAAGGAUCGGACCACUGUUGAAGAUAUGGAUUUGGCUGUUCGAGCUAGCCUCAAAGGCUGGAAGUUUGUCUAUGUAGGCGACCUCAAGGUGAAGAAUGAAUUGCCUAGUACCUUCAAAGCUUAUCGGUAUCAGCAACACCGGUGGUCUUGUGGCCCGGCGAAUCUCUUCAAAAAGAUGGUGGUUGAAAUCAUGAGGAACAAGAAAGUCUCCUUGUGGAAGAAGCUUUACCUGAUCUACAGCUUUUUCUUCGUUCGGAAGAUCGUUGCCCAUAUCGUCACGUUUGUCUUUUAUUGCAUUGUUUUGCCAGCCACAGUAUUGGUUCCUGAAGUAUCAGUACCAAACUGGGGUGCAGUAUAUAUUCCUUCUACGAUCACCCUCCUUAAUGCAGUUGGAACUCCAAGAUCAUUCCACCUUAUCAUUUUCUGGAUCCUCUUCGAGAACGUCAUGUCACUUCACCGAACAAAGGCAACGUUCAUCGGUCUGUUGGAAGCAGGGAGAGUAAAUGAAUGGGUCGUCACUGAGAAAUUGGGAGAUGCGCUAAAGACUAAACUGGGUUCCAAAGCUCCCCGAAAACCUCGUUUUAGAAUCGGAGAAAGACUCCAUAUGCUUGAGCUUUGUGUUGGAGCCUACCUCUUCUUCUGUGGCUGGUAUGAUCUCAACUUUGGGAAGAACCGAUAUUUCAUCUACCUCUUCCUUCAAUCAUUCGCUUUCUUCAUCGCCGGAGUCGGUUACGUUGGAACUCUGGUUCCCAACUCUUAGCAGAUUCAUAUGCUCAACCUCACACUCAAUUAUUUAUUCCACACAUUGCUUCCCUAUGUGCCACAGCGAGAAAAAUGGAGGAAAGAAGAAUCAUCUGGGGAAGUUAUUCCUUUUUCUUAACUUAUUAUAUACAUAUUUUUUUUUUAGUUUGGAAUACCAAAAAAUUGUUGUUUUUUUUAUGGAACGUGUUCAUUCAAAGUUGUGUUGUAUGGUUGUGAAGAAAAAAUAUAUGAAGAAAGAUCAAACAAUAAGAUGUACUGCAAAAACAGUUUGAAUUGCAUUACUAGAAAAUGAAAAAGGAAACAAGCUAAGAAUUUUCAGUC